UAUCCCACUCCCAAAUGCCAGAAAGAACGUGUGAAGGAGAAUCUGAUUUGGUCGGAGUCCAAACAUUUCAGUGUUAAUGCAUACACAGUUAGUUCUGAUCCAUACAGUAUCAUGGCUGAAAUUUACAGUAAUGGACCUGUCGAGGUCUCCUUUACUGUCUAUGAGGACUUCGCAUAUUACAAAUCCGGAGUCUACAAACAUGUCACAGGCGAAGAAAUGGGAGGGCAAGCUGUUAAGCUCAUAGGAUGGGGAACUUCCGAUGAUGGAGAAGACUAUUGGCUCCUUGCCAAUCAGUGGAAUAGAAGUUGGGGUGAUGAUGGGUAUUUCAAGAUCACCUGAGGAACAAAUGAGUGCGGGAUCGAAGAAGAUGUAACUGCAGGAUUGUCAUCUUCCA